GUGCGGUGCUGCGGGCAUGGCGGGCGGCGGAGCUGCCGGCGAGGCUUCGGAGGCAGACGCGCCUCAGGGAAGGCUUCCACCGCUGGGUGAGGCCCUGGUCGUGAUCCCGGCGGCAGUGCAGGUCCGGGGCCUGCAGGACCUCACCGGCGAUGGAGGGGUGUGCAAGCAGGAGCUGCGUUCUGGCACCGGGCAGCUUGUGCCCCCCAACUCCUCUGUGGAAGUGAAGUACUCUGGAUACUUGGAAGACUCAGUGGAGCCCUUCUGCACAAACCACAACUGCAGUGUUCCUGAGCUGAUGAAACUUGGAAAGGACAUUACACUGUGGGGCCUGGAGAUUGGGCUGCUGACCAUGAGGAAGGGAGAGACAGCCAAAUUUGUCUUCAAGCCCAGUUAUGCCUAUGGGCAGCAGGGCUGUCCCCCUGUCAUCCCCCCGAACGCCACCAUCCUGUUCGAAGUGGAGCUGCUGGACUUCAUCAACUCUGCUGAAGCCGAUGCCUUCUUCGAGUUAACCCCUGAGCAGCAGGAUACAUUUCCACUAGAAAAGGUGUUGAAAGUGGCAGAGGCAGAGAGACAGCUGGGCAACUUCCUCUACCGUAAGAGAAACUUUGAGCAUGCCAGAGACAUAUACAAAAAGGUGCUGUCCAUCCUUGGUCGCAGCUCUUCCAGUGAGGCAGAGCAGUGUCAGAUCAACGCUUCCAAGCUUCUGGUGCUCCUCAAUCUCUCCCUCACCUACCUGAAACUGGAACGUCCUGCCCGAGCUUUGGCAUAUGGGGAGGCAGCCUUGGAGAUUGACCAAAGGAAUGCCAAAGCCCUCUUCAGAUGUGGCCAGGCCUGCCUGUACAUGACACAGUAUGAAAAAGCCCGAGGCUUCCUGCUCAGAGCUCAGCACAUAGAGCCAUUUAACCACGAGAUUAAUGGGGAGCUGAAAAAGCUGGCCAGCUGCUACAAGGACUACAUGGAGGAGAGGAAAGAAAUGUGCUGCCGAAUGUUUGCUUCUCUCAGAUCUUCUGACUGACCAGAGAUGAAGGACCCCAGCAGCUGAGGAAAAGAAUGGAUCCUGGAUGGAAAGAUGACCUACCUCUGGGCAGGUGGAGAUCUCAGCAUCCCCUCUGCUUGGAAAAAGGGGCAGGAGCACUGUUUCUGCUCUGAGGCUGUGCUGUGGAAGUUCUGUGCUCUCACACAACCUGAUUUUCCUGAACUUGCUGUGGUUUACUGUAUUGUUGCUGUUCCCACAAGGUGUUCCCCCUCUCCUCCCCUUCACACUCCUUGUAGGAAAAACUUCCCUGCCAUCCUACCUCUUGCAGGUUCUGGGAAUCUGUGACCAGGAGGAGGAUGCCAUGGAGGUUUGUAGUGUUUGUUCUGGGUGUUCUUUACAAAACUGUUUGAUGUUUUUUGUUCAGAGAAAAUAAACCAACCUGAGAACGAGCACUGGCAGGACUUGUGCCAGUUAA